GAAACCCUGUUUCGGUAAGCCACGAUGGAAGGAGUUUGAAAAUCAACGACCAACGUCGUCUCGUCAUCUCUGGCUCUAUACAUUACCCAAGAAGUACUCCAGAGAUGUGGCCCAAGUUGAUUGAAUAUGCAAAGGAUGGAGGCUUGGAUGCCAUUGAGACAUACAUCUUCUGGAACGCUCAUGAACCCCAACGUCGUCAGUAUAAUUUCGAGGGUCGGCUGGAUUUCGUUAAGUUUUUGAAGACAGUACAGGAAGGAGGAUUGUAUGCUGUGGUCCGUAUUGGCCCAUAUGUCUGUGCAGAGUGGAACUAUGGAGGACUGCCCGUUUGGCUGCACAAUAUUCCUGGGAUGGAGAUUCGAACAAACAACGACGCGUUUAAGUAUGAAAUGGCGACUUUCACAAGAAAAAUAUUUUCCAUGAUGGAGGAUGAAGGUCUGCUUGCAUGGCAAGGGGGACCAGUCAUCCUGCUUCAGAUUGAGAAUGAAUAUGGAAAUGUGAUGCAACAAUAUGGCAAUGCGGGGAAAGAGUACCUAAAAUGGGCUGCAGGCAUGGCUGUGUCCUUGAACGCGUCCGUGCCGUGGAUCAUGUGUCAACAAUCAGAUGCUCCUGCUCCAAUGAUAAACACAUGCAACGGCUUCUACUGCCAUGAUUUCGAACCGAAUUCUCCGACUAGCCCGAAGAUGUGGACUGAAAACUGGACUGGAUGGUUCAAGGCCUUUGGAAGUACUAAUCCACAUAGACCAGCAGAAGACCUUGCUUACUCAGUGGCUAGAUUCUUCCAGACAGGAGGAACUUUCCAGAACUACUAUAUGUAUCAUGGAGGAACCAAUUUUGGCAGAACAGCAGGUGGCCCGUUCAUCACUACAUCUUACGAUUAUGAUGCACCUCUGGAUGAGUAUGGGCAACCAAGACAGCCAAAGUGGGGUCACUUGAGGAAUCUUCAUUCUGCGCUUAAGCAGAUGGAGAAGGCUUUGAUCUAUGGUACUCGACAGAACGUCAGCCUUGGUAAUGACUUGGAGGCUUCAAUAUACAAGACAGAGGAUGGUACAACUGGCUGCUUUUUAAGCAAUACAAAUACUGCAUUGGAUGCCACAGUUACAUUCAAUGGGAACAGUUACUCUCUGCCAGCUUGGUCUGUCACCAUCUUGCCUGAUUGUGUGAACUCCAUCUACAACACAGCACAGGUCCCUGUCGCUCCACAAACUGUGACUUCAAAGCAGACAAAGGACGAUGAAACUGGAGUUGAGAAUGUGGUAUGGCAUAAAGAGAGCAUUUUUUAUAAUAUAAGGUCGAAGGAUCUUUUCCCUGCAAAGAAAUUGCUUGAGCAAAUUACCACCGCAGCAGAUAGGAGUGAUUACAUGUGGUAUACAACUGGUGUUCAUGUCACUGAGGAUGACUCUUUCUGGAACCAAGGUCGAGUUAUAUUGAGAGUGAAUACUUCAGGCCAUUCACUUCAUGUGUUUGUCAACAGUGAACAUGCGGGAUUUGCUUAUGGAGGAUAUGGGCAUGGAGCAUUCAACUUUGAGCAACCAAUCAAUCUUAAGCCAGGGAAAAAUUAUAUCACUCUUCUCAGUGCAACCGUUGGUCUUCAGAACUACGGGCCUCUGUUUGAGCUUGUUCCAGCAGGGAUCAACACUGGUCCGGUUGAAAUUGUCGGCAGCAACAAUGCUACCAAAGAUCUGUCAAGAAAAGUUUGGCUAUACAAGAUUGGUUUGAGAGGUGAAGAUGACCUCUUUACUAAUCCAAAGGAUUUCACAUGGACGUCAGCAAGUGACCUGCCAGUCAAUACUCUAUUCAUUUGGUACAAGGCUGAGUUCAGGGCACCAAAUGGUAGUGAAUCGGUGAUUGUGAACCUUGGGAGCAUGGGGAAAGGGCAGGCUUGGAUCAAUGGCGAGAGCAUUGGACGAUACUGGCCUCUUUACACUUCCCCAGAGGAUGAGUGCUCGGAGCCCUGUGAUUACAGAGGGCCCUAUAAUCCAUCCAAAUGCACCACACAGUGCGGUGAAGGAACUCAGAUCUGGUAUCAUGUGCCAAGAUCAUGGCUCAAUGAAGGGUUGAACACCUUGGUCUUAUUCGAGGAGCUGGGAGGAAAUCCGUCUCAGAUCAAAUUCAGAACUGUUCACUAGUGAUCGAGGAGAGGACGCUGCUGGACUUCUCUACAAAUUUGAUGACAAUGGUUUAAUUUUUCUGUUUUUAUUAUUCAUCGUUUUGAGUUUUAGGAUUUCUUUUCUAGCUCCUUGAAUGGCUGGUAGCUGUCUCCAGUAGAAAAGUCUUUGCUUGAAACAUUAUAGUCCAAUUGAUUUUUCUUUUUGAACGAAGAUGACAACUUGGAAUUGUUUGAUGGUUUAAAUUUGGUACAUCUUCGAGAACUGCCGUUUUGUCACUCUGCACUGCCAUUUCUUGAAAGGAAACUAAAUUUUACAGAA